UGGCAGGCCGUCUCAUUCCUUAUGCCUUUUCCAUAUGGAAGGCACGUGCGCGUGAGAGAACAUUGUGUUGCCUGUGUGUAGAUCACCAGACGUGAUGCUGUGUGCGUGUGUGUUUCUGCUUCCCGGUGUGUGCCCUUCAGUGAAAUCUAUACUUAGUCAUGAAGUGUAACAAGCUGCAUGUGGUUGAUCAUGCUUUCUCUCAACAUGACUUCUCCACACACCAUUUCUGUGCAACAGAUAACUGCUUUGACUUGCAUGGGGGUAAUCCUGCCUGAUGUCUGCACCUGUGUUUAUCUCACACGGAGCAUGGACUAGGAUGGUACCUCCACUGGCAGGUUCCCUCCACAUGAAUACUUGAAUGUGCAGCUCAGCCAUCCUAACCGCUGAAAUGUGAGAUGGAUGCAUAAAGAUAGGAAAAAAGCACAAAAUAAUUCUGUAAUGAAGGUACUUUUAUCUCUUUUGAAAUGAAACGGGGUGUGUAAUGGAAGAACUGAGGUUUGGUAACAAAAGCUAGAUAAACAAGUUUCAUUGUAUUUCAGCACUGUACUAAAGAAGAGUAAAGUUACUGGAUGUGAUCAGAUGUCACGAUAGCCCAUGGUUAUCCUGACAGAAAUGUGUCCCUAACACUUGAAUUCCAAGUUACCUUCUAUUCCACCAUUGUGGCCAUGAGUUCAAGCCCAAUAGAAGCUUUCAGUUUCAGGAUUUUUUACCAUGACUUUUAGCGUUAUCCAAACCCAAUGAAUUGUGGUUAAUCUUAAGCCUGGUUUGUUUGAAACAUACAGAUGCGAAUUAUAGAGCAGUUUGCAUGAACAAACCAUUUAGCAUGAUUUGUGUAACCCAUGGUGUGCCAUAGCACAUACCAGCCACCAUUUUGCAUAUUCAGCUCCCAACUGAUUGCUGAUUGUCCUGUGAACCCAAGCACAACCUGAUUCCAGUGGCUUGGUUCACACAACAUGACAAGCAAGCCACACUGGAAACUUGAAUAGGACAAUGGCACCAGGCAUGUGCUAUAGCCUUACUGUGGGUUAAGUAAUCCAUGGUCGUUUGUUGUAUCAUGCAAUGCCGGUUCAUGUUUUACAAAUCAGGCUCAUUUCAGUUAAGCCAUAGUUAAGAUUAACCAUAGUUGGAAUUUGGGUGGCACAUGAAAUUGCAGUUAACUUAAAAUGGAAGUAGAAAAUUCCAGGUUCCUUGCAGGCAAAUGAGGGGGUGUGGGUGAUAUGGGAGCACCUCCGUCAAGAAGGAAACUCAGCUUCUUCCUGUUAAGGAAAACCAUAGCUUACCAUGAUGUCUGAACAAACCCAUAGAGAGUGCCGAGCAUUCCCAUGUGUGAAAGGGGAAAUAGAGACAUACAUGGGAAUCUACAUGACAUCUUCUGUGAAAGACUAGGCUGCAAGCAGCAUGCAGAUAUCAACUGUUACACUUCUGUCCUGGGUUUCCUUUGUAGUUCAAGCCAAAGUGUAGCGCCUUCCAGACCAAAGUUAAACACAUCAAAGUGCCAGGGCUAUCAUUUCAAUUUUCAAAUUAUAAGUGGUGAGAUGUUCAAAGGCCUGAUGCCUUGAGCACUAUUUUCAGAGGAAAGGCUGGUUAUCCGUGGACACCAUUAAUUGUGUAUAAGAGCCCAGACACUCUGGUUCGGCUGAGGAGAUGCACAGAGGUAAGUAGACAUCCCUCUGUGAGCAGGGUGAAGAGCCAAAACCACAGGCAUAAAUCUAAUGCCUCUGUGAGGGUCGAUGCUGGCUGUCCUGAGCACAUUGUUUUCAGCAAGAUGUGCAUUGCUGGCCACAUUUUGAUGCGAACGGGCACCGCUCAGUAACUCUGUUUACCAAGACAGCAUGACUGGGUCAGGUGUGUCAGAUCAGUUACCUGGCCAGAGAUGCAUGUUAAUAUAUACAGACUUGCCUUGUGAUGAGCCCCUCCUUGGCCAAUGCACUGCUGUCGGCAAUAACUCACAGAGGCUCUUUGGGAUCUCGGGUGGCGUCCUUUCCACCCCUCCCUGGCCACGCUGGGCAGUCUGCCUGUGAAGGGCUGUUUCCCUGAACUGAGAUCCCUCUGCUCCCCAGAUGUGCCUAAGGAAUAAUCAUUUAUAUGAGCUUUCACUGCUUCCAGUACCCGCACCUCUUCAGAUUUGCUGGCUGGCUACUCCUGAAAAGUUUUGUUUUGUUUUGUGGUGGUUCUCAAGCCAGAAUGCCUCCCCUAAAGAAGUCCACCUACUUUGUUGGCGUUAGGGCAUCAGGCCAAGAUAUUGUUAUUCUUGUAGGCCUUUAAAAAGAAUUAUUAACUGCUGCUUGAUAUAUUUAUAAAAUGUUUAACACAUUUUAAAAACUCUUUCUCCAUGUUUUAGCAGGUUGCCUAUGCAUCUCUUUUUUCUUGAAUUAUUUAUUCUGCUUUUAAAACAGUUGUGUUUCAUUAUUGAUUUUAUCAUUGAUUUGCAUUUCCUUUUGUUAUGUCCCCCUGAGAGGCUUUGCCUAUUGGGCAGCUCACACACUGAACAAAUACACUGGAACACAAGGCCUUCUCUAAGUGCUGUCUCUUCAGAUGGGCACUUAAAACCAAUAAAAACACGAAGAUGGUGUGGCCCACUCACUACCACCACAGUAGAAGAGGAGUUGCUUUCAUCUGGCUUUGUUCUACAUUGUUGCUGUGAUCCAUUUGGGUGCAGCUGGUAGCACAGUAUUGAUUUGUUCCCUCCAACCCAAAUAGGUGAAGUUCAGUUGUGAAUGACCCACCAAAUUCCUGUUUCUAAAAGGUUGCUGCAACAGGAUGACCCAGGCAGCAGCACCAUAAAUGAAAGACUCAGCAGGCCGCAGUCUAGCUUUGUGCCUGUUCCCAUCAUCCCUCCAGCCUUCACCUCUUCCAGCCCAGUUUCCGUCAUCCCUUGUGUUGACUGGCUUCUGCAUCCUGAAAGAACCAAUGGCAUCUGGUGUGGAGCUCCUCCGCUUCCAGCUCCCAGGGCACGAAGCGGCCACCCUGCGCAACAUGAACCAGCUCCGCUCUGAGGAGCGCUUCUGUGAUGUUACCAUCGUGGCCGAUAGCCUCAAGUUCCGGGGUCACAAGGUUAUCCUGGCCGCCUGUUCCCCUUUCCUGAGGGACCAGUUCCUCCUCAAUCCUUCCUCGGAACUCCAGGUCUCCCUCAUGCACAGUGCCAAGAUUGUGGCCGACCUUCUCCUCUCUUGCUACACAGGCGCCCUGGAGUUUGCUGUCAGGGACAUAGUCAACUAUCUGACUGCAGCAAGCUACCUGCAGAUGGAGCAUGUGGUGGAGAAGUGUCGGAACGCCCUGUCCCAGUUCAUCGAGCCCAAGAUCAGCCUCAAGGAAGAAACAGCGAAGUUUGGAGGCCACCGGCGGUCCAAGUCCCCCAGUGUGGUGGGCUGCUCUACCUCAUCCCGCAAAGAACAUUCGCGCAAGAGAUCCCUGCAAAGGCCCGUCAAACUGGAGUUCCCCCUAGAGGAAGAGCUGGAAAUGAAGGCAGAAGAUGAGGAUGAGGAACAGGAAGAGGAUUAUGGGGAUGAGGAUGCUGUUUCAGACAUCUGCAUUGUGAAAAUCGAAUCUGCCAUGGAGGUGGCCCAGCGGCAGAAGAAACAGCAGCAGCAGACCACUGGCACUGGCUGGAACAAAGAUAUGUCUCCCCAGCAAAGCUGGAGCAAGGAAACCUCUCCCCAACAAGCUUGGGGCAAAGAAUCUUCUCCCCCGCCUGGGUGGAACAAAGAGGGAUCCGGAGACCAGGAAGAACCUCAGGUCAACUCUACGGUGGCAGAAACCAUGAGUUCUUCUCCUGAAUCCACACCGGAGAAGCCCCAGCAUGGUGUGGUGAAGGCUUCCUACAGCCUCUCUGAGGAUGCGGAGGGUGAAGGCCUCCUUAUUAUCCCUGGCGGAGGCUACCUGGAGGAGACCAGUGAGGCAGCAGCUGUUGCUGCUGAAUGCCAGAGCAGUGCUGGCGGGAUGGGAUUGGUGCUGGCGGGACUGAGUGGGCGUCCCUUCUCCACCUUUCCUGCAGUGGGGAGAGGGGGCAGCUCGGGAAUGGCUGGGGGUGGCGGCAGUGGUGGUGUCUCCAGGAUCAUCCGUUGCACCAAAUGUGAGGAGGUCUUCCAAGGGGUGGAGAAGCUGGUGUUCCACAUGCGGGCCCACCACUUCAUCUUCAUGUGCCCCCGGUGUGGCAAGCAGUUCAACCACAGCAGCAACCUCAACCGCCACAUGAAUGUCCACCGUGGCGUCAAGUCGCACUCCUGCACCAUCUGUGGGAAGUGCUUCACCCAGAAGUCCACCCUUCACGACCACAUGAACCUCCACAGUGGCGAGAGGCCGUACCGCUGCUCCUACUGCGACGUCCGCUUUGCGCAUAAACCGGCCAUCCGGCGCCACCUCAAGGAACAGCAUGGCAAGACCACGGCGGAGAACGUCAUGGAAGCCAGCGUGACCGAGAUCAAUGUCCUCAUACGCUGA